CCACUUUAGUCCAUGAGAACAUUCGCAGUGCGAACGAGUGGCGAACUCUCUUUCUCCUGAUUCCAUUUCUCGUACAGGCGUCGUUCAGUGGAGUUGCCUUCGGAAGCGUCUAGUGCGGUCGAUCUAGGUCGUCGAUUAUGAUUAGUGGAUUCGGUGGAAUUAUUUGACAAUUCAUUUUAAAAGAAAAACAAGUGUCAUCAAGUGCUCCACGAAGUGACUUAUUUCUAACGAAGAGCGUGUGAGCGAGCGUGAUUGUGUUGUCUAACUCGUAUCGGAAGCUCGCCUACCGAAGUUGUGCAUUGUAUUGUAGUAACCUCCCGCUUCGGAGAAUGAAUUAAUACGCUGAUUUCGCAAUUUUUGCUCGUGCAGUGGUCGUACUCGUGUGCGUUGUUUACAGCCCACCGUGAGUGUGACGACAAGUUCUUGUCGAUAAACAAUUCUGGCUCCGGCAGCGCAAGAAGCAGAAGCACAAAAAGAAGCAACAGAACCAUUCUUUCAAUGUAGUGUCGGUUGUUUACUUGAGACAAGUGAUUUUUUGUUUUGUUUAUCGUCUGGAACGAAUUCGGUUGCAAAACACAAGUGUGCGUCGCGUGUGUUCAUGUGCGCAGUUGAUCGCAGUAGGCUCUCUCUCUCUUUCUGUCUCUCCCUGUAUAGUUGUACUUGAACACACUCGCCAACUUGGUGCGAAUGAAUGGAUCUCGCCGAAAUGAUUAGAACCAAUCGGGGCAGCUACCAUCAACGGUAUGACUAUGAUGCAUCAUCAAUCAGUGAGGAAGUUUCACUGCAGCAAGCAGUGAGCAAUAUUGCCAAAAUCGUAAUCAGUGGAAUACCGCAGCACGCCAAAUUCGAUGACAUCGAGCCACUGCUGAAGCCGUUCGGCAAGGUCGAACACUGCGACGCAGUCACUAGCAAGGACCCGACCACGCAAACCGUCCAUAUCACGUUCGAGAAUCACGAGCAGGCACAAAGCGCGGUGUCGGGCCUGAACGGGAUCGAGUUCGAGGGUUCGAACCUGCUGGUGGAGCUGUUCGACAGCAAAGGCCAGCGCCGUAACACGCGUAGCCGCCCGCAGUACGCUGGAAUGCCGGGUGGCGGUGGCCCAGGACGUCAGACCGACUUCCCGCUGAGGCUGCUGGUGGCCAGCGAGAUGGUCGGGGCCAUCAUUGGCCGCCAGGGCAGCACGAUACGACAGAUCACCCAGAACAGCCGGGCCCGCGUCGAUGUCCAUCGGAAGGAUAACGUCGGCUCGCUGGAGAAGGCCAUCACGAUCUACGGCAAUCCGGAGAACUGCACCAGCGCAUGCAAAAGAAUACUGGAGGUGAUGCAGCAGGAGGCCAACAACACAAACAAAGGGGAAAUUUGCCUGAAGAUUCUCGCCCACAACAACCUGAUCGGUCGCAUCAUCGGCAAGAGCGGGAACACGAUCAAGCGGAUAAUGCAGGACACCGACACAAAGAUCACCGUCAGCUCGAUAAACGACAUCAACAGCUUCAACCUGGAGCGCAUCAUCACCGUCAAGGGUUCGAUCGACAACAUGUCCAAGGGCGAGAGUCAGAUCAGCGCCAAGCUGCGUCAGAGCUACGAAAACGACCUCCAGGCGUUGGCCCCGCAAAGUAUAAUGUUCCCGGGUUUGCACCCGAUGGCGAUGAUGUCCACCGCGGGCAACGGGAUGGGCUUUACCGGACGCACCGGGAUGUACCCGGGAACCAGCUAUCCGAUGUAUCAACCUCCGACGGUGCCCGGUGCUCCGCCCGGAUCGAGCGACGUCCAGGAAACCACUUACCUGUAUAUUCCAAAUAAUGCCGUUGGUGCUAUAAUCGGAACCAAAGGAUCCCAUAUUCGUAAUAUUAUAAGAUUUUCCGGUGCUUCGGUGAAAAUUGCCCCGCUCGAGGCGGACAAACCCCUGGAGCAGCAAACCGAGCGCAAAGUUACCAUUGUCGGCACGCCGGAAGCCCAGUGGAAGGCUCAGUAUCUGAUCUUCGAGAAGAUGCGGGAGGAGGGCUUCGUCUCCGGGACCGACGAUGUGAGAUUAACGGUUGAAAUUCUGGUGCCCAGUGCGCAGGUCGGACGUAUUAUCGGCAAGGGUGGCCAGAACGUGCGGGAACUGCAGCGGGUUACCGGUAGCAUAAUCAAACUGCCCGAACACACUACCAACACGCCGGUGGAUGAGGAAACCACGGUGCACAUCAUCGGUCCGUUCUUCAGUGUUCAGUCCGCCCAGCGACGCAUCCGGACGAUGAUGUUGGCCACGAACCCCCCGCCGGCCACCAACCGACAGAAAGCCCAGAAGGCGAAGGAGCAAUCGUCGACCUCGUCCACGCCCGCUGCCACCGCACAGCCGCCGUCGUCCAGUACAAGCGCAUAAUCAAAAUCUGCAAUCGUCGUCGUCGCCGUCGCUGAUGGCCGUCUGCUGCAAUUACCAGUGCUGCCAUCACCACCGUUACUAACACAUCUACCAGCAGCAGCAGAAACACCUCAACAACAACAACAACAACAACUACAACUACCAACGCUAUCAACUGUAACAUCCGAGCUGAAACAGGUAUCCCUAUCAGUAGCAAAGUCAAACAAUGGCCCGAUCGAUCGUAAGCUGUGCUUACGAUUACCCUAAAUUCCGAAGCAGCAGCAAGUAGACUCAAGUCAGUCAAGUCAGCUACUCUAGUACUACGGUCCGGAUUGGAAUAUCGUGAAAAAAACAAUACAAAUUUUGGUUCCCCCCUCCGCACAUAUCUACUCCAAACCAGCGAACCCUCUCGGAAACCCCGAAUCGCGUCAAAAAUUGUAAAAAAAUAUCUACUCUCAAGCUAGAACAGCAAAUUUUUCGUAUAAGCACAAAAACUUCAAAAUUGACAUUCCCAAAAGAAAAACAAAUUUAUUCUGGCAAACAUAGAAUUCAGUAAAAAGUUUUGCUCUACUUACAGAAAUUGCAACACAAGUUUUGAACUUUGAUGAAGGAAAAAAAAGGAAAAUCUCAACAGGAGAAUGAAGCAGCAAAAAAAAUGGGAAGGUGGGAGAUACGAGAGAGAGAGAGAAAGAGAAGGAAAUGCCCUCCGUUUAGGAGAGGGCAUAUUUUUAUUGCAUUUUUUUUGGAAUCUUUUCCUAGCGGCGAUUAUGAAAGGAACCUAUAUAUGGGGAAAGAUCGAAGCAGAGAUUCGCGAGAGCGAUAAUGUUUUUUUUUAACUAGUGUUUAGGAAGAGAAAUGAGCGUAAUUAGAGAGAUAGGACGAGAGAGAGAGAUCGAAAGAUUUCGUUUGGCGCUCUUCUCCGGUUGAAGAGAGAGAGAGAGUAGGGAGAAGGAAGGAAGGAAGAUAUGAAGUGUUGCCAGUUUGCAUGGCUUUCAAUCGAGAAAGUGCCAAACACACUAGAAGAGAACCGUCGAUUGCCUUAGAUUUCGGUGCUGAAUGUGAAAAUCGGUAUUGUAAUGAUGGAAUGAAAGUACACAAUAUAGGUAUUCGGUAACAAAUUGCAAAGCACAGUGUGAACGAACGAGGAAAGCAGAAGGAAGCGCUUCACCGUUUCGAUCAACACCGGCGACGACAUCUCCAAAUUCUAAGGUUCGCUAAUGAAAAUCAAUACCUCAAAGAAAGUGCAUUACACAUACACCCACACAGAAACGAACGCAUACAAGAAACAGACCGACACAGAGACACGCUCCCGCGGGAUAUUUGAGUGGAGUCGAUGUCAAACAAGCGAAAGCCUACGAAACACUAUUUGCUAGGGUAAGCCAAUAGAAAUGAUCUAACGCAACGAAAGCCGCGACCCGGGUCGGACGGCUCUAUUGUUUACUCUUUCCUAUAAAGAGAACAAAACAAACUAACACAAGUACUAACCGAAGCAAAUUUUUGCGUUUCAACUUUACUUACUCAAAGGUGCAUUAAUCAAUUUUUAUUAACUUGUUGUUGAACAUACUUGUUGAAAUCUAUAUUUCCCUAACAACUAUUUUCCCCAACUCCUGCCCUCAAUACACAUACACACACACACUCACACAGUCAAACGUCAAUACAAUUCUUUAUCUUACGUCACUUAACUGUUGUUUAUUAGUCUUGUUUUUUUUACGUUUUUCAUUGUAUUAAAUCUUGCUAAACAAACGAUGCUGAACCCAACAAUCGCAACAAUAGAACAAUCAAACUACAUAUUAACCUAAUACUAUACCGAAUGUAACAAUAGAUAGGAAACGUACCUCAGCAAGCAAACAGAAUCAAAAUAGUUUACGCGUUGUUUUUUCCCACGCCCACAAAUCCCCCCCUUUUUAGAAGAACAAGGCAGUGCUGCCAACUUUUCCAAUCGUGAAAAACCAAAACCACCGCGCCUAACCUCAAGUUUAAUCAACAUCUCCGAAGCAUUCAACUUUCAUAAAUAGUAGUGGCCAGGAGUUGAACUAGAGAGAUAGAGACAUUUGUAGUCGAAGACAGACAGACAGACAGACGACAGCUAGUUUAGUAGUACUCAAAAAUGAAACUUUCUUUGGCAAAGAUGGACAUUUUAGGCUUUCGAAUGGUUAGAAAAACAAACACAACCACACACACACACACACAAGCACACACUCGCAAGACAAUUUUCGCCGAUGAGACGCAGAGGGCGAACGAAGGAGAAAAGAAGCACAAACAACCAACCGUGGAGUAGCAGGCAGAAGGAAACCAAAAUUUCGGACGUAGGAAACAGCUGACGACAGCCGGAAAACAACUUGCGAAGCGAUCAAAAUUCAAAAUUUUCUCCAAAUUGACACGGAAACAAACAAACCAAGCAACCCAAGAGCUGAACUGAAAUUCAAUGAUGGAUCAAUCAAAGCAACCAGUGACUCAGAAAAAAAAACACAUACACAGACAGAGACACACACAUACGCACACGCACCCGUCGUCUAUAUGUUCGCAUGUUUUUGAUGCGAAGCAUGGCGGUUGCGUGUGCAAUUAUUGUCGGGGGUAAACAAACAAACUCAAAUCGGAAACACUGUAAAAGAAAAAAAAAAAACAAAAACAAAAAAGUCGAGAGUGAAAAUGAAACCACGUGAAGUUUACCUAAAUUAAGACGUAAGAGAAAAAUAAGGGAAAACAAAGUUUAAACUCGAAACGCUGAGAGAAAGAGAGAAAGCGAUAGAGGGAAGCAAAAUUCGGAGAAAAAGUGACUAAAAUCAAUUGUUAGAUUUUUUUUAUUAUAUAUAUUAUAUUGAAAAUAUACUAUAUAUAUUUAAAAGGGAAAAGUAAAAAAGAGAAAAAGAAGAAAAAAGAUAUUUAGCUAACAAAUUUAAUAUUUAUUAAAUCCUAGAGGCUAUAAUAUCGUUGAAUAUUUGUAUAAAAACAAACGAACCUUGACGAGAGGAAGGUAAACAGAAAGAGAGAGAGAGAGAUAAAGGAAAAAAGGGUCUAAAAAUGGUCAAAAUUUGAAUUUAACUUAAGAAGUAAACAUAUUAUUUUCCUAUUAUUUUUGUUUAUUUUCGUAAUAAUUUUUGUUUAGGUUUUGUUGUUUACUUUUCGUGUAAAAAAAAAAACAAGGAAAAACAAUCGCACCCAGUCGCGAUUUGAGGUUAAUGCGUUAUUUAGUUGUGCCAAGUACGUCGAACGAAUGGAUUUUGUUUUAAAUGAAGAUUAUGAAAAAGAAGAAGAAGAUGAAGAAAAAGAUGGGUUGUGAUACGAGCGCAGGAAAACAAAACAGAAUGACAGUUGCAAAACCGAAAACGCCCGCCGGAGCGGAGCCGCGUCAGAGAGAAUGGGCGUGCAAGCGACAUUUUUGACAUUUCUUCAGACAGGCGUGCUUCGCCGCCGCCGCCGUCCCCCAUACUACUUGGAUCAGUAGCCGAUGGUUUUUUCUCGAUUAGGUUUUGUUUUUAUAAACAAGCACUAUGACAGCUAGGUGGAACGAAACGGAAUCUUUCAUAUCAAACUACUGUACCGGAUUCCUUCCUUCGGAAGGAACGGAUGGAAAAUGAACUCUCUCACACGUACACAUACGAAUACACACACAAAC